CAUUCUGAGGCUGUCCUGAGGCUAUCUCUGGCAACUCAAAGCGAAAGAUUUGCAACCUACGCGGGCCCAAUUCAGGAUACAUAACUAGAGGAUACAGUCCCAGGAUCUGUCUCGAUCCUCCUGCAUAUUGGACCGUCUUAUCUUCUGAGCAUUCGCCGCAUUCCUAGGCUGUAGACGUAAGUCAUGGGUAACGAGCAAUCCCAGGAAGAAUACGAGGGGCUUCCAGAGAUCCUCGAGGACAGAGAUAUUCCAUCCAUAGCAAAGUACAUGAAAUCGGACAAAUGCAAGAACAUCUUUGUCAUGGUGAGAGUCAGUACAAGUGCUGGCAUUCCAGACUUCCGGUCACCAGGAACAGGUAUGUCGUCUGCGAGCUUAUACGUGAGUUCUAAUCUUCAACGCCUUAACUUGCCUCACCCCGAGGCAGUCUUCGAAAUCAAUUUCUUCCGCGAGAAUCCAGUGCCCUUCUAUACCCUCGCCAAAGAGCUCUUCCCGGGGAGGUACCGCCCGACGCCGACGCACUCCUUCGUGCGUGUGCUGCACAAUCGCAAGCUGUUGGGUAUGUGCUUCACGCAGAAUAUCGACACGCUCGAGCGGCUCGCAGGCGUGCCCGAGAGCGCGGUCGUCGAGGCUCAUGGCAGCUUCGCGGACCAGCACUGCAUCGAGUGCGGCUCGUGGUACGACGGGCACAAGCUCCGGGACCAGAUCCUCGCCGGCGAAAUCGCGUACUGCAACGAGUGCGGCGGGCUCAUCAAGCCCGACAUUGUCUUUUUCGGCGAAUCUCUCCCGCCGCGCUUCCACAAGACGAUCGGCUUGCUACGCACCGCGGACCUGCUGAUCGUGAUGGGUACCUCGCUCACCGUGCACCCCUUCGCCUCGCUCACGCGGAUGGUGCCCGAGGGCUGUCCACGUGUACUCGUCAAUAUGACGUCCGCGGGAGACAUUGGCACGCGCGCGGACGACGUGACGCUCCUCGGCCGCACCGACGAGGUCGUGCGCGAGCUGUGCGAAGCCCUCGGCGAAGACUGGAUCCGCGAGCUCGACGCGAUGUGGGCGGAAACCGAUAAGUAUGCGCACCGCAACGGCGAGACCGAGGAGGAGGAGGCGCAGACCAGGAAGGACACGAAGACGACCGAGGAAGAGAAGAAGGCACAGGAGGAGGCGGUGGAGGACGAGGUGGACAAGAUCACGAAGGAGAUCGAGAAGUCGCUGCAGAUCGGUGGGGUGCCGAAGGACAGCGAAGAAGAGACGAAGGCUGACAGCGAGACGAAGCCUGAGGUGCCAGCUGAAGCCUCAGCAACGGUCGGUCUGAAGGCAGAUGCGCAGGCAGACGACACAAUCGCUGCACCUGCAACUACCAAACAACAGACAGAGGCCAACGAGGAAGCCAAGGAUGGUGCAGGAGCAGAUGAUGACUCCGAAAAGAAGGAAAAGCUGGUGGAAGGAAAGCUGUAAGUUGUUCUGUACUACUAUAUGCAUGUAUCUUGUAUGCCGGCUCAAGAUCCGAU